CUUCCCCCUAACCCCCAUGUUGCCGCCCCCGCCACCACGGUUAUCACCGCCAGUGACGAGGGCAUACGCCCCCACGCUCUCCGACGCCCUCUUCCUAGCGGCCUCCGUCUCCGCCCAGGCAGUCAGAAUCACCUUCUCUACCAAUUCCGUCGUGACCUCCGAAUGCGCCAACAACACGCUCCUCUGCACAUUGAAAUCGGGCAGAAGGUUGCGUAUAUAGUGGACGUUAGCAUCAUGAUCGGAUUGCACCCAACCGUACGCUUCUAGUUUCUGGCGAAGUACUGAUGCUCUUGUGAGAUAGCGCCGGGGCUCCUCCCCUACUUGCUGCUUCAACGAAUACCACUGCCCCUGCAACUCCAACUUGUCCGUUCCUGCGUGCACUCGGUAAAACUUGAGAAAUUGAUCCCACGAUUCAGAGGGGCAACCACUAGCUAGGAUUGCAGGGACUAUUGUCGGUACUUGUAUGUUGGAUAUAAUUAGCUGCCAAGCCUUUCCCACCCGAUCUUCAGCUUCCGUCCCAUGCUCCACCUUCAAUGCCCAGAUAUUCGCAUCCGUCUUCCCUACACGAAUCGUGUUCUUCGAUUCUAUUGCCCCAAGGCAACGCUCCUGCUCCAACAAAGAUCGAAAUUGACUGGUGAAAAUCAUUCCCGCUGUCUGUACAUCGUCCUCGGGGCUAAGCUUCCCGGUGAAUGCAGGGAGUGUGAUACCUGCGCUAAUACGUAUUGUUUCUUCAGGGGUUGGGACUUCCCUGUAUUCAUCCUCCGGUUUUAUCUUGACCCUCUGCAAGGCCCGCGCGAGGGUGUCGAUGAGGCUGACGUCCGCCGGCGAUCGGGGCUGGUCUUCGGGUCGCGGGCUUGACUCCGAGCCAGCCAGCCUCUCUAGCCGGGUGUCGCCUCCUUCGGAAGGCAUGCCCUCGCUCUGUCUGUGCUGCGGGGCGCUCUGCUGCUGCUGCUUCUUCUACUUUGAUCUUGACCUUCGCCUUGAUAAGGGCGUCGAUUACGUUUCGCUGCUUGUCCGAGAGCUGGAGCUCAUCCAGCUGCUGCUCCAAAAUUUCCGUGUCACUGUUCUCUGGCCGAACCCUUUUGUAGCUAGCCCCACCUCGGGAUCCCGUAUGAUAUCACACGCUAGCGUGUUAGGAUAAUCCGAACUGGGAGUAGCUUGUCGCAAGACGUGUGUUGUAUAGGGUAUCGGCAACUCCGCGGGCUUGCGCCGAGGAGAAAAACUUGUUGUGAUUAGUUGCAUCCGCACCAACCAGCUGUAACCGUCUGUCGUGUAGACUAGUCUAGAAACUUGACCAGAAUUACAACAUGAUGAAAAAAUCCAAGGCGCCCCCGCCGCCGCCGACGUCGCCGCCCCUCUACCUUCAGAUAUGCCACCCGACAGUGUUGCUGCUAUUUCUGCUCCCGCUGCGUGGGGGANUGCUACUUGUGAGCUCGUGUAUGGAUUCUGGGAGCUACCACGGCUUGAACUCGGCUCUUUCCCACUUACGCCUCUGUUGCAAACUGUGCCGUGGCUAUCGUAACUUACUCGCCGCUCGAGUCUCUCCUACGAUUGAUCGCAAUGAGCGCAGAAGUGAUCAAAUCCAUAAGGAUUCAGGUCGAGCCUAACUGCGAUGAGAUCCUCAUGUGUCCCGCGUUCUGAUGCCUUCCACACAUACGGCCCGAAACGGCUGCUGUGCGGGCGCUUCGUAUCUAUCCGACCUGCCUCUGUCGGCCCUUCCGUAGUUUCCGCGACCUCGUGAUCCAGUUCCUGCUGAAGACAUGACGGUCGAGCCUGGGCUGACGAUCGGCCUCCCCACUGCCGCCGCCGUUU